UGUAAUCACAGUCGCGUAGGCAGCGGAUCGCACAACGCCGUAGUUUGCCGCCAGGGGAACACGUUUCGCGCCAUUUUCAAUUUGACGUUUGACAUUUACGUUUCUUUUUUUUUUUGUUUAUUUACGCGGAGUGUGUAAACAUAAACAGACAAUUCCAUAGCAGUUUUAGAAGCAGUUAAGACUUGAAAAUUAACACAAAUCGAUCAGCAAUGGAGCACAUGAAUCACGGCGCGGCGCACGGCAUGGAACACGGCAUGGACCGGCAUCACCACCAUGACGACGACGACGGCUGUGCGUCCUCACAUGCCAUGGUUUUCCACACUGGUGUCUGUCAAGAAAUUCUCUUCAAAGGGUGGAUGACCACGACUGCCUUGGAACUCCUCGGCUCAGCUGUGGCGAUCUUCCUCGCGGGAGUUCUCUACGAGGGUCUGAAGUACUACAGGGAAGCCCUGCAUGCCAGGGCCACCACGGCCACUGCUGAUUCCAGGGUUAACAUUACCAAGAACGAGUGUGGACAGAAUGGGAACUGCGGGGGAACUGCUGUUGUAAAAUACUCCAUGCUAUCGAGCGGCCACAUCAUCCAGACUCUGCUUCACGUGGUCCAGUCCACCGCCUCCUACAUCCUCAUGCUGGUCUUCAUGACUUACAACGUGUGGCUGUGCAUAGCGCUGGUGCUCGGACUGGCCGUGGGCUACUUCUUCUUCGGCUGGAGGAAGAACACCGUGGUCGAUGUCACUGAGCACUGCCAAUGAUCAAGGAUCUGAUGAUGGAUUUUCGACGUUUUGAUAUUGCGAUUAGUUGUAAUUUUAUUUAGCAUGUAUCAAUUAAAAUCUACCGUUAGAUACCUUCGAUCAUUCAGUAUGAUCAUCGAAGCCUGAUAUAGUUGAUCAGUUUUUUAAUUUACAUACAUACAUCUGGUCACGUCUUUAUCCCUUGUGGGGAAGACAGAGCCAACAGUCUUGAAAAGACUGAUAUGCCAUGUUCAGCUGUUUGGCUUAAUGAUAGAAUUGAGAUUCAAAUAGUGACAGGUUGCUAGCCCAUCGCCUAAAAAAAGAAUCCCAAGUUUGUAAGCCUAUCCCUUAGUAGCAUUUUACGACAUCCAUGGGAAAGAGAUGGAGUGGUCCUAUUCUUUUUGUACUGGUGCCGGGAACCACACGGCACAAUUUUUAAUUUUAAUGUCCGUCAAAUGUAAUUAAUUUUAUGUCCGUUAUUAUAUUGUUUCCUACACAAACAAAAGAAUUAGUUGUUUAUAAUUAACAAUAUGUAUAAAUGCAACUCUCCUAAUGGGAUAAAACUCGGAAUAUGUAUAAUUAUUCAGAUUUUUAUAUGUGAUACUGAAUUAUACACUGACAAAGCAAGACCUAAUUUAUUUGAUAUAGGUAAAUAAAAUGCACUUAGUAAGGAUUACUUAGUAGCCUCUGUGGCGCAGCGGUAGUACGCUUGUCUGUGACACCGGAGGUCCCGGGUUCGAAUCCCGGCCAUCAUGAAAAAUAACUUUUUCUGAUUGGCAUGGGUGUUUGGAUGAUUUUUAUAAGUAUAAUAUAUAUUAUUAAAUAAAGUAUCGUUGAGUUGGUAUUUCGUAACACGAAUCUCGAAUUUACUUCGAGGCUAACUCAACUUGGGUAAUUUGUCUAUAUAUUUUUUUAUUUAUACAUUUGUUACUAGAAUUACCUAAGAAAUUGAAAAUUGGUGUGCCGUCUAAAUUCUUUAGGGUAUAGACAGUCCCAAAAGUCACAAAAUCCGGAGGCAAGGUGUACAAUUAUACAUCUAUUAUAAUAUCAAACGUGACAAAAAUGUGUUUUAAAAAUAAAUAAAUGUAAAGCAACAAAUUAUUGUAUAAUAUUAUUAUCACAACAAUAAAAAUGGAAUGUUAAUGUAAUGUACAGACACUUGUGUAAAUGCUGACGAUAUUACGUGCCUAGCUAGACCGUAAUAAAACAGAUAAUUUUUUAUCUAUACAAACAUACAUACAUCUAUAUCCCUUGCGGGGUAGACAGAGCCUAUGGUCUUGAAAAGAAUGAUAGGCCACUUUCAGGUUUUUGGCUUGAUGAUAGAAUUGAGAUUCAAAUAGUGACAGGUUGCUAGCCCAUCGCCUAAAAGAAGAAUACAAAGUUUAUAAGCCUGGACCCACCCGGCACUAAUAAAAAAAUUGUUGUCAAUGAUUAAGAUUUGAAUUUUAGUGAGAACAUGUCGAUUUAUCGAAAUGCAGGUUUUUUAAAAUACUUAUUUAUUAUUUUUGUCUCACUUUGUCAUAAGUAUAAUACAUGCCCUUGUGUUUUAUUUUUGUUAACUCUAUUCUUUCUAUUGGUUACAUUUUAACUGACUUUGAAAAAGGAGGUUCUCAAUUUGAUAGUUUUUUGUUGCUCAUUCUUUAGAUUAGGUUUACUUAGAUUAUGAUAAGUUAAUAAGUAUUUUAUAGGUUAAAAUUCACACAUGUCUUGCCAUUUUUUAUUAAAGCAAUCAUUUUUAUAAUUAAACUGAUACAGACAUUUGCUGACUCAAUUAGGAAAUUUGAUAUUGUUGCAAAAUAUAUCUACUUAUAGUAUUGCCUAAUUUUGAUAUGUAUUGUAUGUUGUUUUAAGAGUUUGUUAAAUUAUAUUACCUAAAACUAUUAGAUAUUAAAUGGAAUAUUGAAGCAAUACCAGGGACCAUUCUUCUUUUACUUAUCGAAUCAGUGUUGACAUUCAUACAUUCAUACUGUCACUUAUAUAUCCCUUGCGGGGUAGACAGAGCCAACAGUCUUGAAAAGACUGAUCGGCCACUUUCAGAUAUUUGGCUUAAUGAUAGAAUUGAGAUUCAAAUAGUGACAGGUUGCUAGCCCAUCGUCUAAAAUAGAAUCCCAAGUUUGUAAACCACAUGGCACAGUCGACGAAUCAGUGUUGAAGUUAAAUAAAUUUAGUAGGUAUUGGAUAAGCAUUUAUCACAUGACGCAAGAAAGUUUAUUUCUUUCUUUUUCUUUAAAGUUACCUAUAUGUCUCCACGUUUCCAUUUAUUCUUAACAUUGAGAAGAAUAGUCCCUGGUAUAUCCUCUUUAGGUGCUAUGAAAUUGCUCAAAAAUUUACCUACACAAUUUUUACAAUGUUUUUUUAUAAACAGAUAUGUAUGAAAAUUUACCGAUGAUACGUUAUUCAAUGCAAACUGUGUUUUAUCUAUGGUUAUUAAAUUUACUCCCGAUAUUGUGUGAAUAUAAUAUUUGUAAAUAUUUACUUCUUUAUGACACAAUACAUUCCUGGUAUGACAAUUA